UAUUUUUUAAAGGGGUAACACUGUCAUUAUAACCUAUUAGAAAUUUAGAACUGGAGUACUUUUUUUAAUCUACGGAAUAAAAUGUAUUUAUCAAGGUAUCACAGAUCGUACUCAAAAUUGAAGUCAAUUAUAUCUAGACAAUAUUCUCAACCUGCGUUGCUAGAUCAAAAUGAGUACACUGAGACCCCAGAAUAUCCGCCUAUUUUGGACAUGUCCCUCCAAGCUAGAAAGUUCAGGGAACGAGAAAAGGUUUAUGAAAAGAUAAAGAACGUUAAAACCGUCGAAGAGAAACAGAUAGCUCUGAAUAUGCCGCGUUAUUAUGGCUGGCAGUGUGUCAUGCUUCAUGAAAAUAAAGUUCCUUAUAAUGCUUUGCCUAUGAUACAAAGUUACACAAGAAGUCACUUCAUUCCAGUCGAUAAGCUUCCAGAUAUAUACAACGAUGUAAGUGCAACAGCUGAUGAAGUUGUGAAAGAAAUUAGGUCAAAUAUUGAAGAUGCUAUAAGUUUUGAAAAUGAGGGUGUUGAGUACAACCGAGAGAUAUCACUGGAUGUACCAGAGAAGUCCCAAGCAGAAGAUGCACAGGCUAAAAUAUUGGUGAAGCAAAUCAACAGGAUUAUCAUCAACAGUCUAACUGAUAGAGUGCCACAUAUUUUCUCCACACAGGUUGAUUAUGAUCCUCGUCAUGAAGCAUUUUGGUUUGUUGGAGGUGUUGAUGUUCCAAAUGAAGUUGUCAAAUGGAGGAAGCAGUACAAGUGGCUGCGAGACCGUCUUUUUGAACCACUUGAUCGACCUGUCCAAUACUUAGGAACCCCUUUUGUAGCAGUUAGAAGUCAUACACCACUACGGCCUAUUGUUCCCUACAGUGAAGCAGAGAACCCUGAGUUCAAAGUGAACAGGUUCUCUUACCAUCCAGAAACAGUUGGUUAUUAUAAACAAUACAGACAUGGGACUAAUAUACCAGGGUAUUGGCCAGGUGAUCGUGAUGAAUUUGGACUGCUGUCCAUCCAUGGUAGAGGUCAUAUCCUUGCUAGAAAAGAGUCAUUUGGCCCCGAAGACAAUGAGGAGGCCCUGCACUGUCAAGCUAUGAAGGCAAGCUUUGGGUGGCUCCUAGCUCAAGCAAAUUACCAAGGAUUCACAACAUACAAUGAUAUCACUUACCCACUUGUAACACAAACUGUAAUCACUAAUGGACAGCUAUGGUCUCUCUAUGUCUAUCAGCUAAAUACCAUCACAAUGCAUAAUGACGCUAUAGAUACAAACCUUAAACAUAACAUUUGCUAUGGUACGAAGCCUCUGAAACUGUACGAAACUAUUGAAAAUGGGAAGGUCCAAGGAUUGAAUGAAGAUGUUCUUAAAAUGCUGGUACAGUUUUAUAUGAACUCCCCUGAGGAAAGAGACCAUGAAUUAAAGCCAUUCUUGGGGAAAGAGGAACAGGUGGUAGCUGAUAUUGAGGAUGACAAUAAGAGGUGUUGGCUUGAGAAAACAUUCAAGCAUUUAGUCUCAAACAGACCAAAACAUUUGUUACAGCCUGAAAUAUAUAUGUGGGAGAAAAUAUAUAAAAUUGAACACCAGACCAGAUUCUUUGAACGAAGAAGAAGGCCUUUUGAACUUGGUAUUGACCCAUAUAAAAGGAGGUUGGAUGAGCAUCUGCCACCUUACAUUCCUAAAGCUAUCAGGCCAUAUCCAAAGCAUAAGAAAAAGUUUGAGACAACAUACUAUCCUGAUGUAUAAUGUUUUUAUAUUUUUGUGUAAAGUUAGGGUAGUAAAUAAAGUGUAGUGUUAACAUUUUA